GGCUACAGUUAAGAUUUGGUCCGUAAACGGAAUAUCUUUGAGAGUGUCUCAUCAGAACGGAUAUAAGGAGUAACCUCCUCUUGCCCUACAACAAAAGUACAUUUGCCACACCAACAAAGAUAUGGGUACCCUGCGGGAUAUGCAGUUCGCAUUGCAGAUGAAGAUUGAGGAGCUUCGGCAACGAGACUCCCUCAUAGAUGAGCUGGAACUCGAGCUGGACACUAAAGAUGACCUGAUUCGCCAGUUACAGACCGAACUGGACAAACACCGCAACGCUCUCCAACAUCCUGGUCACACGGAGGAUUCUGAGAGUACAGACCCUUUAGGACCCGGUCCGUCCACUACGGUGCCUGAUGAACCGCAGCGCACCAAGAGACAGGCCAUUUCUGCCGAGCCCACAGCUCUGGAUCCAGCCCAGCUCACACAUGUCACCCUCACCAGCUACAGCAAGAGCAAAGAGUCUAGAGAUCUGAUUCAGAGGGCUCUGUUGGAGAAUGACUUCAUGAAGCAUCUAGAACAUGGACAGAUUCUGACCAUAAUGGACUGCAUGCACCCUACCAGUCUGGCCCAGGGCUGCUGUGUCAUCCAGGAGGGAGAUGAUGGCUCCCUGGUCUACGUGCUGGAGGAGGGUUUGGUAGAGGUGACUAAAGAAGGAAAGAAGCUGUGCACCAUCAACCCAGGAAAAGUAUUUGGCGAACUAGCCAUCCUGUACAACUGUACCCGCACUGCUACAGUUACCGCACUGACAGAUAUAACAUUGUGGGCAAUCGACAGACAAGGCUUCCAGACCAUUAUGAUGCGAACUGGCCUCAUUAAACACUCCCAGUACAUGGAGUUCAUCCACAGUGUUCCUUCGUUCCAGUCGUUGCCAGAGGAUGUUCUCAGUAAGGUGGCAGAUGUCAUGGAGGAGACUCAUUACAGUGAUGGUGAUUACAUCAUUCGCCAGGGUGCUACAGGGGACACCUUCUUCAUCAUCAGCGAGGGCCAGCUGACGGUCAGUAAACAGGAAUCAGGCAAUGAGGAGCCUGUCUUUAUAACCACACUCUCCAGAGGAGACUGGUUUGGAGAGCAAGCGCUGAAAGGAGAGGACGUCCGUACGGCCAGUCUCACCGCUGUGGGGGACGUCACCUGCCUGGUCAUUGAUAGAGAGUCUUUCAAGCAGCUCAUCGGGGGCCUGGGUGAGGUCAACAAAGAGCAGUAUGACAGUGAUGAGCUGAAGGCCAAGUUGGAGGCAGAGGCUGGGUUCUUCUCCAGUGUGUCUCUUUCUGAUUUCCACGUCAUCUGCACCCUCGGUAUGGGCGGUUUCAGUAGAGUGGAGCUGGUUCAGUUGAAGAGCGACACCACUCGCUCGUUCGCCAUGAAGGUUCUGAAGAAGCGGCACAUCCUGGACACCAGCCAGCAGGGUCACAUCCUGUCAGAGAGACGUAUUAUGAUGGAGGCUCAUAGCCCCUUUACCGUGAGGCUGUACAGAACGUUCCGAGAUGCGAAGUACCUCUACAUGCUGUUAGAAGCCUGCAUGGGAGGAGAGCUGUGGACGCUGCUAAGAGACAGGGGCUCGUUCGACGAUGGGAUGACGCGCUUCUACACAGGUUGCAUCGUGGAGGCUUUGGGCUUCCUCCAUUGCAGAGGAAUCAUCUACAGGGAUCUGAAACCUGAGAACAUCAUCCUGGACCGGAGUGGAUACGCAAAGCUGGUGGAUUUUGGCUUCGCCAAGAAGGUGGGUCUGGGGAAGAAGACCUGGACGUUCUGUGGGACUCCGGAGUACGUGGCCCCGGAGAUCAUCCUCAACAAGGGCCACGACACCUCGGCGGACUGCUGGUCCCUGGGCAUCCUGGUGUACGAGCUGCUGAGCGGCAGUCCACCUUUCUCUGGUUCAGACCCAAUGAAAACCUAUAACAUCAUCCUGAGAGGCAUUGACAUGGUUGAGUUCCCCAAGAAAAUCAUCAAGAGUGCGGCUAACCUCAUCAAGCGUCUCUGCAGAGACAAUCCUUCGGAGAGGCUGGGCAACCAGAAAAACGGCGUGAAGGACAUCCAGAAACACAAAUGGUUCGAGGGGUUCAACUGGGAGGGCCUACGUCAGGAGACACUGGCGCCCCCGUUCAUCCCGACUGUGGAAGGGCCGCUAGACACCAGCAACUUUGACGUUUUCCCCGACGACAGCGACGACCCUCCCCCCGACGAGGAGUCUGGCUGGGAUGAGGAGUUCUGAUUGGAUGACGAGACGCCGAUGGGGAAGGGCGAGACCAGAGACAGGAGGCUGAUUGGACGGGAGAGAUGCCAAGUCGAGGAACAUCUAGGAUUCAACUUCCGCUGUUUCGAACUGUGAACGGAAACAAAUGCAGUCCAUUUUUACAGGGAGGAAAGGUGGAGAAUCAGAACAUGGAUCAGAGGUCUCAACCUACUAAGUGCCUCUAGUCAGUCACUGACUAACAAUACCACAUUUAGAAGGUUUUGAUAUCCAUGCUGUGUGUGUGUGUGUGUGUGUGUGUGUGUGUGUGUGUGUGUGUGUGUGUGUGUGUGUGUGUGUGCGUGUGCGUGUGCGUGUGCAUGUGUGUAUGUC